AUGCCGUAUUCCAGAUUAUCGUCUCCCAUGAGUAUUGGGAGACUCCCGGGAAAUACGGUUGUCUUCCAGCAUAUUCUCAUUACACCUUUAGUUUCUAAGAAACAGGAUGCUCUUUAUUCCAGAACACGUCUCCGCCUUCCGAGAAAUAUAGUUGUACUGUCGUCUAGCAUGUUCUCAUCGCGUCUAUGGUUCCUACGCCUUAACAUAGGAAACUGCAGUAUAAAUACAGUUAAGAACUGUGCUGACCUUUACAAGUGCGGUCAAACCAUCAGUGGUGUUUAUGCAAUCGACCCUGAUGGUUCAGGUGCCUUUAAUGUCUAUUGUGAUCAGACAACAGACGGUGGAGGAUGGACAGUGAUCCAGAAGAGGGUGGAUGACACCGUAGAUUUCAACCGGACUUGGAAAGACUAUAAAAAUGGAUUUGGUGAUUUUCUCAUUCGUGACUUUUGGCUCGGACUGGACAAGAUCCAUCGCCUGACGCAAAACAAAACAGAAAACAAACUCCGCGUGGAUCUAGGAGUAACUGCCAACAAAAUUGUCUACGCACAGUAUGAAUGGUUUGGUAUUGAGAAUGAGACAAAUCGUUACAAGCUGCACAUUGGUAGUUUUUCGGCAUCACAAUUUACCAGUAUGCUUGUUGUCAAGAAAAAAGAUGAAAACUUUAGAAAGCUCGCACAUGGUCAGACUUCUCAAAUAAUUGGAAGCCGUGAUUUCAUGGGACUUUCCCAUGGAGCACUAUCAUUGUUUAAGGGGAAG